AGAUCCAGAAAUUACUUUAGAUAUUUUCAAGCCGGAUCCUAAUUUCUUAGAAAACGAAAGGAAGUAUGAAGAAUUAAAGAAGGCAAUACUUGGUGAAGAAUCUGAGGAAGAAGGAGAGUCUGAUGCAGAAUCAGAGGAUGAAGAUGAAGAUGAUGAGUCUGACGAAGAGGAUGAGGAGCAAAUGAAAAUAAAGGACGAGACAGAGACAAACUUAAUCAACCUCAGGAGAACGAUCUACCUGACGAUUAUGUCUAGUGUUGACUUCGAAGAAGCAGGGCAUAAGCUGUUGAAAAUCAAACUAGAGCCUGGUCAGGAGAUGGAGUUGUGCAUCAUGUUAUUGGAGUGCUGCAGUCAGGAGAGGACUUAUCUUCGUUACUAUGGUCUACUGGGGCAGCGUUUUUGUAUGAUCAACAGAAUUCAUCAGGAGAACUUUGAAAAAUGUUUUGUGCAGCAGUACUCCAUGAUCCACCGGCUUGAAACUAAUAAACUGCGUAACGUGGCCAAGUUUUUUGCUCAUUUGCUUGGCACUGAUGCUCUGCCUUGGCAUGUUUUGGCUUAUAUACGGCUGACAGAGGAGGACACAACAUCUUCUUCUCGUAUAUUUAUCAAGAUCCUAUUCCAGGAGUUGUCAGAGCACCUAGGCAUCCGCUUGUUGAACGAGCGUCUUAACGACCCCAACAUGCAGGACUCCUUCGACUCUAUUUUCCCGAAGGAUAAUCCCAAGAAUACAAGGUUUGCUAUCAACUUUUUCACUUCCAUUGGUCUGGGUGGAAUUACGGAAAAUCUGCGAGAGUAUCUCAAGAACAUGCCAAGGCUUAUCAUGCAACAACAGAAGCCUGUUUCUGAAUCGGAUGAGUCUGGGAGUUCAUCUGAUUCUGAAUCUUCAGGAUCCGAGUCAGAAUCAUCAUCAUCCAGUUCUGAGGAAAGUGAUAGUGAAAGUGAUGAUAAACGGAAGAAGCGGAAGAGGAGACGGUAGGGACCUUAGACUGCUCAGCAAUCUGAAAACUAAUAUGUAUUACCAUUGUGAACUAGUUAUAGCAAGUGUUAUGUUCCUCAGACUAGAUUUUUAUUUGCUUUGUAUGUUUAAUUCACUAAAAUCUGUGCAGUUUCAGUCUUGACUUUGUUCCAGUUUUGACUAGUUGAACCUUAGAAAUUCAUUUCUUCUUUUUCGUGCCAAUCCGGUAGUUUGUUUAUUGAAACCUUAGAGAACUUGUUUGUUUAUCAAUGUAAUGGAAACCAUUUAACUGA